AUGCCCAACCAGCUGAAUUUGUCUGGCAUUACCCACCUCGUCCUCGCCUUCGCUACAAUCGACCCUGUAACGUACAAGAUUGGUCUUCGCGACACAGCAGACGAUGAUGUCUACAGAGAGUUCUUGAGUCUACCAGACAGCGUCUCCAAAUGGAUCGGCAUUGGCGGAUUUCAAUUCACGGACUCGGAUCAGCCUACGCACCAAACCUUCUCGAAGAUGAGCAGCUCCAAGGAGAACCGCAAAGCUUUUACCGACUCCUUGCAGCAGUUCCUUUCUACUUACAAGUUCAGUGGAGUAGACAUUGACUGGGAAUGGCCUGGCAACUCCGACCGUGGCGGAGAUUCCGGCGACAAGGCCAACCAGGUGGAGCUUCUCCAGGACAUGCGCCAAGCUCUGGGCAACAAUAUCGGUCUCGGUGUCGCGAUACCAGCGCAAUACACGUAUUUGCAGAACAUAGACCUCAAGGGACUUGAGGCUCAGGUUGAUUGGCUCAGCAUACUCACCUACGAUCUACAUGGAGCUUGGGACGCCACCACACCAGGUCUCGGCCCAAAGAUCAGGCCUCACACAGAUCUUCAGGAGGUCGAUACCGCCCUAAACCUUCUCUGGGGUACACAAAUUGAUUCGAGGAAAAUCAACAUGGGUAUCGCAAACUAUGGCCGAGGAUAUACAGUCGAAAAGAAGGAGUGCGCGUACUUCGGCUGCACAUACACUGGUCCAAGCAAAGCUGGCUCGUGCACUCUUCAGGAGGGUAUUCUGAGCUCAUGCGAGAUUCGUCGCCUGAUCAGCGAGAAGCAUUUGAGCUGGAAGGUCAUCCAAGGUGGCGCUGAAGUCAACGAAGUCACGUGGGACGACCAGUGGAUCGCUUGGGAUGACACCAACACUCUUGGCAAGAAGUUGGAGCUCGCAAACGACCGCUGUCUAGGUGGUACCGCUCUCUGGGCCAUCGACUACGAUUUCAGCGGUGCCAUCACAACCUGCUUCGUCACAGAUAGCCUCCUCCCAACCUUCAGUGUCAGUAUCUUCAGAUACCCCCCUAACUUCAUCGCAGUCUCAAGGAUCAGCUUCUUCGGACUCACCUCCAGUCUCUACGCAGCUCCCUCCUUCAGAUGCUCCCCCAACUUCAUCGCAGCCUCCGGGAUCGGCGUCUUCGGACUCACCUCCAGCUUCCACGCAGCCCUCUUGGUCAGCUCCCUCCGAUUCUCGGCCAGCAUCUCAGCCAGCAUCAUCUCAGCCUUCAGGGUCUGCCCCGUCCAGCGCGCCACCAGCUUCGUCGGAAGCUCCAUCGUCUGCUCCUCCCAGUACGCAGCUAGCAUCUUCCGAUGCACCAUCUCCUCCGGCCUCGAGCGCCCAAGGCUCAUCUCAAGCUGGCACUAG